CCCAAUCUUCGAUCGAAACAAACAGCGACGACCAAGUGCGAAGAAAAGCUUCUGCAGAGAGGCGGAUUUGGUUGGGAAGAAUGGGGAGGAAGAAGGGGUUGCCGGAGUUCGAGGAGACGGCGCCGGAUGAUUUCGAUCCUGCGAAUCCGUACAAAGAUCCGGUGGCGAUGCUUGAGAUGAGAGAGCAUAUUGUCCGUGAGAAGUGGAUCCACAUCGAGAAGGCGAAGAUCCUGCGUGAGAAGGUCAAGUGGUGUUACCGCGUCGAGGGCGUCAAUCACUAUCAGAAGUGUCGUCAUCUCGUUCAGCAAUACCUCGACGCCACACGCGGCGUUGGUUGGGGCAAAGAUCACCGCCCCGUCUCGCUCCACGGUCCCAAGCCGGAGGCCGUUGAAUCUGAAUAAACGUUACAUGCCUGGACUGGAUCGUGUGAGGUGACCGAGCUCUGAUACCGUAUCUCUAUCUUGACAUAGGACCGAUGAAUUCCUCCAUGGUUGUUUACACACUCUCUCUCUCUCUCGUUUGAAUUCCUCCAUGGUUGUUUAUACUAAGCUAAACCAUGCCAUAAUUUCAUAAGAGCAGCCAUUCCCUUUUCACUAUCCUGCUUCCUGCAUCUGAUCUCAUCUUCCUCACUUCACACACAGCUUUUCUGUAUGGGCUUCAGUAUACAGCCUUGAGGUUUGGGCUUUUUCUUUUC